GCCAACAAUUCAGCUUGCCGCUCGCGUUUGUUGCUCCCAUUCGCUUUUAUGACCUGACCGUGAAAUCAAUAGCCAUCAAAUAUUUAAAUCCGUGCGGCGGCAAAUUUAGCAUGACGGAACACGCGGAGGUCGUGGCCCACAAUGGCCUGAUGGAUGGCAUCGCCUGGGGGGUCGGGGUCCCCGUGGAGGCCCUCCGAUUGCUCCUAACCAUCCUGGCCGGCUAUCCCUUGGCAGCGUUUUAUCAAAAGUUUAUAGCCAUCAUUGCCGAUAAGACCGUGCACCACAUGUUCUUUGCCGGAUGCGGCGCUGGAUUAUGUUACUUCAACUAUGGCCGCGACACAUAUCACUCCCUGGUGGCCAUCCUGACCACCUAUUUCCUGGUACUCCUCCUGCGAAAGAAAGCACAAAUAUUCCUGGCCAUAAACUUUGUAUUCCACAUGACCUACCUGCUGCUUGGAUACUUCUACACCUCCAGCAAUGAAUACGACAUUCUGUGGACGAUGCCCCACUGCAUCUUGGUACUCCGAAUGAUUGGCUACGGCUUCGACAUCACCGACGGACUGAAGGAGGAAUCGGAGUUGUCUAAGGACCAGAAGGAAACUGCUCUGAGGGAACCCCCGUCGCUGCUGGAACUCUUGGCCUUCGCCUAUUUCCCCAGUGGGUUCUUGGUGGGACCACAGUUUCCCUAUAGCCGCUACCAGGCCUUCGUCAACGGACAAUUCCGCCAGCACGAGGGGAGCUUGGAGGCUGGCGUUCGCCGGUUUGGAGCUGGCGCCUUCUACCUGAUCGUGUGUCAAGUGGGUCUGGGAUACCUCCCCGAUUCGUAUUUCCUCACCCCGGAGUUUGCAGAAGUUCCGUUUAUCAAGAGGAUCUAUUUCCUGGGCUUCUGGGCCAAAUUCAGCCUGUACAAGUACAUAUCAUGCUGGCUGCUCACAGAGGGAGCACUCAUCUGCAUUGGUCUAACGUACAAAGGAGAGGACAAGAAUGGGCAACCCGAUUGGUCGGGCUGCAGCAAUGUGAAGUUAAAACUCCUGGAGUCGGGGAACACGAUGGAGCACUACGUGCAGAGCUUCAACGUGAACACGAAUCAGUGGGUGGGACAGUAUAUCUACAAGCGUCUGAAGUUCCUCAACAACCGGACGAUCAGCUAUGGCGCCGCCUUGGCUUUCUUGGCCAUCUGGCACGGAUACCACAGCGGGUACUACAUUACCUUCCUCAUGGAAUACAUGGUCGUGAGCACCGAAAAGCAAAUAACCCGUUUCUACACCAAAGUUGUGUUGCCCAAGUGGGGCCACAUCCUCAAUAACUCGGACAUUUACAAGCUGCUGUACUUCGUCACCAUGAAAUCGUACAACAUAGUCUACAUGGGUUGGUGUCUCACCGCAUUUGUGUUUCUGAAAUACGAGCGUUGGAUCGUGGUCUAUGGAGCUGUUAACUACUACGGGUUCACUCUUCUGUUCGUCUGGGCCGUCUUCUACCACACCUAUAAUCACUUUUUUCGGAUCGGUUCUCGAAAAGAAGCUGGUGAGGAUGUGAAGUCAGCGGAAAAAAGCACGGAAAAACUGGCAGAAGAAAAGAAGCCAGAAGACAAAAAGUCUGAGUAGGAGGGAAGAUUGAAGGAAAUCACCGGACGGAAGUUCUCAAAAUUUUAGUUUUGCCUUGACAGUUGUUUGGAAUUGGUAUUAAUCAACAAAUCGAAUUCUUUUUACUAACCAAAUAAGAAGUUUUACCAAAUAAUAUGCCACUGUAACUAGAGAUUUGUUAACUAGCUAUUGGAAUGCAAUUUUAUACAUAUAUAUCGUCUGCCUAGUCAAGGAGGAGUCAUCCCCAAGUAUGCAAUGUGCUUUUUGGCGAUAAGAUACUGUCUUAUCUGGCCGAAGAACACAUUGUCAGUCCUAUAUAUGUUUAUUAUGGAAUUGCGAAUUGUAUAAGUGUUAAAGCCCGUUUAGUUUAACUAGAAACUAUACAGAUCCCACAUAAGACUUACGGAGACCAGGGUCUUUGAAAAUCAAACCACUUCUGUAACAAAUUUCUUGUAUUUGAAUGACGAGCAGCAUCCGAGGAGACUUAACUAAGCCAUAAAGACAGUUUUAUACUAAUGCAAAGAUGAUUGAAAGAUAUAUUUUGAUAUGCUCACGCCAAGUGCAAAUUUGAUGAAUGGAAAUGCGAAAUAAAUGCAAUGAAAUUAUUUUUAGAAACAA